AUGGCUGGGGCGCGCGGGCUCUUCUGCCUGUGGCUGGGCUGCCUUUGCGUGAGCCUCGCACAGGGAGAGAAACCCAAGCGGCAUUUCCCGGAGCUCCGCCAGGCUGUGGCGGGCGAUGGCGCGGCAGGUGGUGGCCCCAGCCCGGAGCUGCAGCCGCGCGACAAGGUGUCUGAGCACAUGCUGCGGCUCUAUGACAGGUACAGCCGCGGUGGCAGGACCGAGGCGGGGCGGACGCCAGGCUCCCCCGAGCGCGACGCCCGGUCCCUGCGCCCCCAGCUCCUGCACGAAGGCAACACAGUUCGGAGCUAUCGUGCUGGAGCCGCAGGAACCUUGGAAAGCAAGGGGCUGCAUAUUUUCAACUUGACUUCUCUAACCAAGUCUGAAAACAUUUUGUCUGCCACAUUGUAUUUCUACAUUGGAGAAUUUACAAACGUCAACGUGAGUUGUCCAACAUCUCAAGGAUGCUCACAUCAAGCACAGAGGAAGCACUUUCACAUUGAUCUCUCUGCAUGGAUCCUCCAAUCCAACAGAAACCAAAGUCGGCUGCUAGGUCAUCUUUCCCUAAAUGCAGCAAAGCCACAUCGGGACACUAUGAGCUGGCUGUCUAAAGACAUCACCCAACUCCUGAGGAAGGCUAAGGAAAAUGAGGAGUUUCUUAUAGGAUUUAACAUUACCUCCAGAGAACACUCGCUGUCCAAGAGGAUACCUUUCUUUCCUGAGCCUUAUAUCUUGGUGUAUGCCAAUGAUGCUGCCAUUUCUGAGCCAGAGAACGUGGUAUCAAGCUUACAGGGACAUCGGAAUUUCCAUACUGGGGCCUUGCCCCACUUGGAUGGUCACAUCAGGACUACCCUUUCUAUGGAAAGGAGGAAGAAGCGCUCCACUGGGGUCCUGCUGCCUCUGCAGAACAAUGAGCUUCCUGGGGCGGAAUAUCAGUAUAAGGAAGACGGCAUUUGGGAAGAGAAAAAAACUUACAAGACACUUCAGACUCAGCCCCCUGAGAAGAGUAAGACCAAAAAGAAACAGCGAAAGGGACCUAACCAGAAAAGCCAGACACUCCAAUUUGAUGAGCAGACCCUGAAGAAGGCUAGAAGAAAGCAAUGGAUUGAACCACGGAAUUGUGCCAGGCGAUACCUCAAAGUUGACUUUGCAGAUAUUGGCUGGAGUGAAUGGAUUAUCUCUCCCAAAUCCUUCGAUGCCUAUUAUUGCUCUGGAGCAUGCCAGUUCCCCAUGCCAAAGUCUUUGAAGCCGUCCAAUCAUGCUACCAUCCAGAGCAUAGUGAGAGCUGUGGGAGUCGUUCCUGGGAUUCCUGAGCCUUGCUGCGUGCCAGAAAAGAUGUCCUCACUCAGUAUCUUAUUCUUUGAUGAAAAUAAGAAUGUGGUGCUUAAAGUUUACCCUAACAUGACUGUAGAGUCUUGUGCUUGCAGAUAACCUUGCACAGAACUCAUUGCAAUGCUUAAUUCAAU